AUGUCCCAGUCUACCCGCCACUCCAACGAGGACGUCAAGAACGAGGCGGCGCCCAUCGUCGCGGCCCCGACCCCCAACUUCCAGGGCGGCGGCGGUGUGUCCCGCUUCAUCACGCCCGGCGGCCACCCCAUGGACACCUCGCAGCCCGCGUUCCCCGUCUUCCACCGCAAGUUUGCCAACCCCGCCCCUCUGGGUCUCAUGUCUUUCGGCGGCACCACGGUCCUUCUCUCCCUGUACAACCUGUCUGCUCGCGACAUCCACACGCCCAACGUGCUCGUCGGCGUUGCGCUUUUCUACGGUGGCCUGUGCCAGAUCAUCUGUGGCGUCCUCGAGUGGGCGUGCGGCAACUCGUUCGGCACCUGCGCGUUCACGGGAUACGGCGCGUUCUGGAUGUCCUGGGCUGCCAUCCAGAUCCCCUGGUUCGGCGUCAAGGCCGCCUACCCCGACCGGGACGAGCUCAUGCAGGCCAUCGGGCUGUACCUCGUCAUGUGGGGGUUGGUGACUACGUUCCUCACGAUCUGUCUUCUCCGCUCCUCCGUCGCUCUCGUCUUCGUCUUCGCCGAUAUCGCCCUCACGUUCUUCAUCCUCGCCGCAGCGGACAUGACUGGUAACGGCACGCUCGUCAAGGUCGGUGGUGGCUUUGGUGUCGUGGGCGGCCUCGGCGCCAUGUACGUCGCAGUCGCUGGUCUCCUCACCAACGACACCUCGUUCUUCACCAUCCCCGUCGGCAACCUUGCCCCCAAGAACUAG